UAAUAUUUGGAGAAGACUAUAAAUUCGUUUCGUCUCGCACUCUCACAAUCUUCUUCGACUCCAUUGGCGGCGCACUCAGAGAUUCAAAACUCAGAAAAUGGUGGCGACUGGCUUAUUCGUUGGGCUGAACAAAGGACACGUUGUUACAAAGCGAGAGCAACCUCCUCGCCCUAACAACAGAAAAGGGAAAACAAGCAAGAGGACUCUCUUUAUCAGGUCUCUCAUCAGGGAAGUUGCUGGUUUUGCUCCUUAUGAGAAGAGGAUCACUGAGCUUUUGAAGGUCGGUAAAGACAAGAGAGCUCUCAAAGUUGCCAAGCGAAAGUUGGGAACCCACAAGAGAGCCAAGCGAAAGAGAGAGGAGAUGUCUAGUGUUCUCCGCAAGAUGAGGUCUGGUGGCGGUGCUGCUGCAACUGAGAAGAAGAAAUGAUGCAGUGACUCUCUCGGCUUCAACGUUCUGUUUCUUCGAAAAAACCAGUUUUUUAUUUUUAGAAAUUUUGCCUAAUGUUUCUUUGGAUAAUUUUGUAGCAAAGAUGAUUAAAUGUUGAAACGAAAACUAUUAUGGGUGGAUCCAUUUGUCUUCUGGUUAACCAUGUUUUGUCUAA